AUGUCUCUAGCGCGUAUCACGGCCAACAUUGACGGCCUGGGCGAACGUAGACGUAGGAUGUACGCGACUGUUGUUAUGUCAGUACUUAUGUACGGGGCCCCUAUCUGGGCGCAAACAGUUGCUGAUGACAGACGCAUACUGACCGAUGUGCGUAAGCUGCGGCAGCUAGCAUUAAGGAUGAUCCGGGGAUACCGCACUGUUUCACAUGAAGCGGCUGCUGUACUAUCGGGAAUUGUUCCCUUCGAUUUGGCGGCGGAUCGAUUAAGAUCAUAUCUCAAAAGAAGAGAGAUCAUCGCGCGGGACGAUGUGAUAGUCCCGAACGUGAGCGCGAUGCUAAUAGAGGUUCAGCGUCGUAAAGCGAUUUCUAAGUGGAGUGAACGUCUGGCUGAACUGCCACCGAGUGGUCCUGGAUCGAUGGUUCGUCGCGCGCUUGUCGAUCAUCUGGACGAGUGGAUAGGGAGGACGCAUGGAGCACUCACGUACCGAAUCACUCAGGGCAUCUCCAAUAUGCCUCUUCUGCCGGGCUACAACGGAUACUGCGGAGCAUACCCUUCUGUUCUGUCCAUCUUGGGUAGAGCAGAGGGAGGAGCUACUGCGUAUAAUUGGGGUGAAUAG